UUUUGUCUUUCUAUUUUUCGAUAUUUUCUUUUUCCCUUUUUUUUAUUACUAGUAUUUUAGAAAGAUAUAACCAAAUCAAGUCUCCUCUGCUGUGACAUAAUCUUCAAACACUCAAAAUCAGUCCCCAUUUUUGGGCCCCCUCACUUUGUGUCUCUUUCUUUUUAUUUUAUCUCCGCUUAGUUUGUUUUUCCGUUUUGUGUCCAUUUUUCGCGGUUUCUUCGGUUAUAGCUGAUUGCUAUUGCCCUCACCCCAUAUGUCAACAUCAUCCUCUUCAAGCAGCGGCGGCGGCGGCGGCGGCGGGUCUUCCCGGAGAAGGAUGAGAUCAAGAAAGGGUGUUUGGCCGGAGCCAUUUGUGGAGGCUCUUGCAUUUCAAGUCGCCAUUGAUGCAUCCCUCCAUGCUGGCCGACUUGCUGCUGCUCAAGCUCUCUUCAACAUCUUUCAAGUUUGUUCGACGUGGAGAGCCAUCUCACGCUCCGAGCUUCUAUGGCAGAACCUGACGCGGCGGAUUUGGAACGCGGAGCGUCUCCGCCGCAACACGUGGCGGGAGGAGUACAUUAGCCGCCACCGGACCGCCGCCAAUUUCCGGCAGCGGAGCUACGUGCACACCACCCUCCCUUAUAUCCCCGCAGACAACAUUAACAACGGCCUAUCCUGUCGGCGGCUGGCACUCUCCGACGACCACCUCGCCGCCGGUUUCUCCGACGGCGCCGUCUACCUCUUCCACCUCCUUAGCAGGCUCCACCUCACCACAUUCUACCCGCACCACCGCGACCGCCUCGGCCGCUUCUCGAGCUCCGUCUCUGGAAUCAUCCUCUCCGACGUCCGCCUUGUCUUCGCCACCCUCGACGGCGACAUCCACGUCACGACGAUUAAUGGUGGGAUGCCUCUGCGCAGAGCGCACAUCGGCGAUGUCGUCAACGACGGCGCCCUCGUCGAUUUCACCGGUAGUAACCGGUGGUGGGUUGGCCUUUAUGCAGGUGUCCCGGGACGGGCGUUCCACAUACGGAACGGGGAGACGGAGGAGCUGGUAUUCGUGGGCGGAACCCUAACGGAUCCCGAAGCCGUGAUGGGGUGGCACUUGCUGACGGAGAUGACCGAUCUCAUCGGCAGAGUCAGGGCCACCACCCACCAAAACGCGGUGGCGUGCACCAGCUCGCGCGUCAUUCUCUUCGACCUACAAAAUCAAGGUGUGGUCGUGCAUGAAGAAGAGCUCCGAAGGGGAAUCAUGGUGGGCUGCUUCGACGCCAACGGCGAGGCGGCGCUCAUAACCGACGGCCGCGGCACGGCCAGCGUGCGGCGGCUGGUGGAUCUCGCGGAGGCCUGCAGGUUUAGGGUGCGAGGCGCCGCGCAGCAGCGGGGGCGAGUUCUCGGGUGCGUCAACGGCGGAUACGGCGUGAUCAUCAGCGGCGGAGUGGUUAGGGUUUGGGAGAUAGAGCGCGGGGAGUAUCUGUACAGUUUUAGAGAGAGAAUAGGAGAUUGCAGCGCCAUUGUUGCAGAUGAAAGGUAUGUUGCAGCGGCUGCGGAUGGUGGGAUUAUCCAUUUAUGGGAUUUUGGGGGUCAAUGACAGGUGAUGUGUGUACGGAAUUGGAGAGGGGUGCCCUAAUUUUUGAGGUGCAGAAAAAUUGGAGGGUAAAUUAAAUUAGGGUUUGUAAUUGGGGGUGGACAGUGAUGGAGUAAAGAAGCUUUUUGUCUGCAUUCAUUUGGAGAACAAAGCGUCGAGCUUUCACUUUCAUUCAGCUGUACAUUUCCGCAUUUGUCGUCAUAAGAGAUGCUCAAAAUAGUAUUUCAUCUUCUGUCUUAAUUUGUUUUUUGUAUCUAUAUAUAUAUAUGUACUGGUAUUAUCACGGUAGGAUAUAGAUAUAAUAAAAAAAAUAUUUGUUUACUAUAUGUAUAAA